ACUAGAAUCGGGAUAAAAUUACUUCAACGGUGAAAGGAGCCCCUCCCAAAAGGCCAAAACGCUGUGCAACCAAAUCAGUCGGCUUUGUUUUCCAGCUCGUUGCCCGCGGCUCAGGCAGGUGCGCGAGUGCGGGAGCAGAGCAGCAAUGGCGGGGCGGCGGCGGCUGUGGACCCUGGUGCUCGUGAGCGUGGCGGCGCUGCUGGAGCGCGCGGACGAGGCGCUGCUGCCGGCGGUGUACAGGGAGGUGGGAGCGGCGCUGGGCGCGUCGCCCACCGCUCUGGGCUACCUCACGAUGUGCCGCGCGCUCGUGCAGACCUUGUGCUACCCGCUCGCGACGUGGGCCGCGGCGCGCUACGACCGCGCGCGCGUCGUUGCCGCGGGGGCCUUCCUCUGGGCCGCCGCCACCUUGCUCGUCGGCGCAUCGGGCUCCUUCCUACAGAUGGCGCUGGCGAGGGGCUCCAACGGCGUCGGGCUGGCGGUCGCGGUGCCGGCGAUCUAUUCCCUGGUGGCCGACUGCACCGACGACACCACGCGCGGCUGGGCGUUCGGGUGGGUGGUGAUGGCGCAGAGCCUAGGCUUCAUCGCCGGGAGCUCCAUCGCCUUGCUGCUCGCGCCCACAAGCUUACUCGGCGUCUCUGGCUGGCGGCUCGCGUUCUUCGCGGUCGCGCUCAUCAGCCUUCUCAUCGGCGCCCUGGUGUGGCUGUUUGCCGCCGACCCCCGCCCCGUCGUCGCCAAGGACGAAGCGGCCCCAGCGGCGACGCUUGCCGACCUCGUCCGAGAAGCCAGGGACGUGCUGAGGGUGCCGACGUUUCAGCUCAUCGUGGCGAUGGGCGUGGUCGGGUCGUUGCCGUUCGCGGCCUUCAGCUUCAUCACCAUGUGGCUGGAGCUCAUCGGGUUCUCGCACGGGCAGACCAGCCUGAUCAUCAGCCUUGCCAGCAUCGCUAACUUUCUCGGCAUCCUGUUCGCGGGGUUCCUCGGGGAUGCCGUGGCGCGGCGAUUCCCCAGCACCGGACGGGUCGCGGUGGCGCAGGCGGUCAACGCGGUGUCGGUCCCGCUGGCAGCCGCCCUGCUGCUCGCGUUCCCCGGCGACCCCUCGGCGGCGGUCCCGUACGCCGCCGUGUGCUUCGCCUUCGGCUUCACCAUUUCCUGGACCCCGGUGUCCACCACCAAUCCUAUCUUCGCAGAGAUCGUGCCGGAGAAGGCGAGGACGAUGGUGUACGCGCUGGACAAGUGCUUCGAGUCGGUGCUGGGAUCGUUCGGGUCGCCCCUGGUGGGCAUCCUGGCGGAGCGCGUGUUCGGGUACCAGCCGGGCACGCCCGGCAAGAGCGCGGAGGCCGACCGCAAGAACGCCGACGCGCUGAGCAGGGCCAUCUUCUCGGAGAUCGCCGGACCUUUCAUCAUCUGCUGCCUCACGUACACCGCGAUGUACUGGACCUACCCCGCCGACAGACGGCGGGCCCAGAUGGCGGCUUUGCAGGCGGCGUCGGAGGAUCAGGACGACGACUGCGAAGCAAGUGUGGUUGCGCAUGCUGCAGCAGCUGAUGGCUUGGACCAGGCUCUACUACUACCCGGGACAAGUAGCAAAUCAUGAAGAAGAGGCUCUCUACUUGCCUGGCUAUAACUAAUGGGCAGAUUCGGCCUAGCAUGGAAGGAUUUCAAAUACUUGUACUGUACUAGCUAAAUGCCUGUGCCUUGCAAUGGGCAUUUUAAUUUUACUAGAACAUAUAGUUGGUUGAACUGAUACUGCUAGAGGUAAUAUGGUCUUGUUGAACCAUAGAGGCGGUUUCCUGUCAACCACUCAAGUAGCAUGUAUCAAUGCCUUGGUUUGAUCAUCUUGGCACCAAUAAUGAAGCAUGCUGUAAUUUAGCUUAUAAAAAUUUUCGCUUUGCGUGUUUCUUGUAUGGCAAAAAUGCAGACACUUGCUAGUUUCCAUUACUUUGUCAACAAAAACAAUUCACGUGA